AUGUCUUUUCUAAAUCGAUUUCUUGUUUCUGCUCCUGGGAAAGUUAUUUUAUUUGGGGAACACGCAGUUGUCUACGGAAAGACGGCUAUAGCUGGAAGUCUUGACGGCCUACGAACAUAUGCUCUAUUUGAGAAACGUUUGGACGGUUAUCUCGAGUUGAAUUUUCCCGACCUUGGCCUUCGACGUGCUUUAUCAUGGCCAAAGAAGAACCUUCCGUAUCACCUUAUAAAACAUACUGAAAAUGAACAACAAAAAGAUUUUAUGUUCAACGAAAAUCUUUUGCAAGCUUUAAAACCUAUGGUCGAAGAAGGUAACAUGGAUGAUGAAAUGCAAUUAGAUAAAUUUCAACGUACUGCUGCUUUAGCUUUCCUUUACCUUGUCAUAAUUAGUUCAAAUUUACCAAUUGGUGCAGGAUUAGGUUCUUCCGCAUCAUAUUCAGUCUGUUUGGCUACUGGAUUAUUACUUGCUUUUGGUCAUAUUUCAAUUCCUGAUGAAAGUAAUCAAGUUUCAACUUUAAAUGCCGCGGAAUUAAUUAAUCAGUGGGCAUUUCAAGCUGAAAAGGUUAUCCAAGGAAAUCCUUCUGGAAUUGAUAAUGCCGUAGCAACAUUUGGAGGUGCAGUUUCUUAUAAGAAAGGGUCGCGUCAUACCAAUUUAAAGGGAUUUCAUUCAUUUCGCUUUUUACUAAUAAAUACAAAAGAACCACGUGACGCCAAAACACAAAUAGAAAAGGUUAGAGUAAAACGCGAAAAAGAACUCAUUGAUUUGAAUCAUUACCUUGUAAAUUCUUUGGGAGUAAGUCAUCCAUCACUUGAAAAAAUUCGGGAAAUAACUUCGGAACAUAAUUUACAUUCAAAACUUACUGGUGCUGGAGGAGGAGGAUGUGCUUUGGCUUUAGUUCCGGAUGAUAUACUUCCUGAAUAUAUACAAUUGGUUGAGGAGAAAUUAGUGCGAAAUGAAUUCGAGUGUUAUGAAACACCUGUUGGUGGACAUGGAGUAGCAGUAAUGGAUGCAACUACUGUUAUAGAUCCACUAGAAUUUUUAGAUAUAAACAAAAACAAAUUACGAGAAAUUGGUGAAUGGAAAUAUUUUGUUUAA